AUGUCCUACCUAGUUAUAGGAUCUACUGGGCAACAGAAAUGAAAUUCUCAGGAGAAGCAGUAGAUUGCUGGAUAAAUCACAUCAUUUUCCUUAUGAAUUUUAUGUUUUUUAUUCUUGUAUAUGAGGUUCUUUCUUUACAGAACCUCAAUGGGACUUCUUUUAAUGAUGAUAUAUGGAUGCCUGACUCUGCAAAGGAAUAUAAAACGGAACCGGAAAUUAAGCAGAAUACUCCUUCUAAUGAGAAAACUGGCGAUCAUUAUAAAGAUAUAAAAGAAUAUAUGUUCACGACGCAAAAUCCAAAUGGCAGCCAGUCUGAAAUAUCCGUGAGAGCAACAACUGAUUUGCAAUUUGCUCUAAGAAAUUAUAAACUCAUCAAUGAAACAACUACAUCAUUUCCUGGAAAAAGCACCAGUGAAGAAAAUUCUAGAGAAACCUUUGGGGGAAAAAAUCGAAAACGAACCAAAGGUCCAAAUGAACCUGCAUUUUGGACAAUGUUGGCUAAAGCUUUAAAUGCAACACCAACAGCUGAGGAGAUUGAAGAAAAAGAUCUAUUAUUUCACCCAAUUCCAAUGUCUGAUUUGAAUACUACUAAUGAAGACGACCUGAACAAGCUACAGGAUAUCAAGUUAAAAUUAAUGCUGGGCAUCUCAUUGAUGACCCUCUUCAUUUUUGUCAUCCUCUUGGCAGUCUGUGGUGCCAUGCUGUACAAAGUGAAGACCAUUAGUUAUAAAGAGAGAUGUCAGGAGCAAUACCCUGUCAACCCAGAACUAGCAACUCUGUCUUAUUUUCAUCCAUCAGAAGGUGUAUCAGACACAUCUUUUUCUAAGAGUGCUGAGAGCAGCACGUUUUGGGGCACUACUUCUUCAGAACUGAGAAAAUCAGACACAAUGUCAAAAUCUAAAACAACAGACAUGGUUUCUACAGCCUCAGAUGAUACAGGCGUGAAUGAUGAAUCAGAUUUAAUUCAGAGUGAAGAACCAAGUGAAGAAACUCCCACUGAUGAAUAGACAACUUUACAUUUUUGUCAGAAAAGAAGUUUCUUGUGACACCCAUUAAGGUCAUGAUGUGGAAACUCUACUGAGAAAUUUAAAAUUUCUAGUGUCUGAAAAGGAGGAUAUAUUCAAUAAAAUUCUCUCAAC